UAUGAUCUGUGGUUAUAGAUAUAUGUUUUGAUGAAUUACUUUUACUUGUAUGGUCUUUCUUUUUCAGUUAAUUCAUAAGAUUUGGGCAGCAAUACAGUAUCUGAACAAUACGAGGAUUUCAUUCUACUAAAUCUUUAUUUAAACCUCUACCCAAAGCAUUGACUUUUCCCCUGUUGUCCAGUCAUUAUGCUCAUCUUCCUUGCAUUCGUAUUCUUAUUAACUCCUUUUCCUACUCAUCAAGCCUCAGUAGGUGAGAGGAAAAAUUCCACUAAAACAGCACCUCAUACUAUCACAACACUAAAUAUCAAACAAAAACAGCCAGCCCUUUCUUCUGCCUCAAAAAUUAGUAAUGUCAGUCAGCCCGUGGUCUCUACAACAAUGCCUCCUGAGACUCCUAGUAUUAAGAAACCCUCCAAAAACAAGCCUCCCUCAAGCUCGCCCAUCAAAGUUGUUAUCACUGAAGGCUGCAUUCAGAAGGAGCCUCAAAAAGAUACAAUCAACAGCAGCAAAGCACAGGAAACAGAGCUGAGUCUGAAGCCAGGUUCUCCUCUGGUGAUGACACACCACAUCAACCUGGUACCGGGUUCUUGCACUGGAGGCUGUGAGACUGAGAUGUCUGCACUGAAGGACAGAGUAGAGAUACUGGAAAAGGAAAUGUCAGCUUUGAAGAAAAAGUGCACUGUUUGCUCUGGAGUACAGUGCCCAAGUAACUGCAACAAGAAUGGGGAGUGUGUCAACGGAAAAUGUGUGUGUCAUUCUGGUUUCACUGGCACUGCCUGCAGCAAAGGCACUGACAAGAAAAAUAAGUUGUCUUCUGAUAGUGACAAUAUCAAGCAAGAGUCAUCAUCCCAGGAACUAUCAAAGACAAACAAUACAAUAAUCAGUACAAACGACAAAGAAAAAAGGCAUCAAACAAGAGGUACAACAACGGUCAAAAAAAAUCCACCGAACAAAGACUUGCCUCCAAACCAUAAUGUGACUCAAAGCAAUGAUAAGAAAUCUAUGACUCAGAAGAUGAAGAAUGCAAAUGCAACAGAGGAGUUAAAAGGAGGAGAUAAGAAAAGAUAUCUAAAUGCAACUACAUCCACCAAGACAGACAAAGAGUCAACCAAGCAGAGUGUCACGCCUAAGAUAAAAGUGGAGAAGCAUCUAAAUGUAAAUAAUGCUACUGAAAAAGACAGGAAGAGCCAAAGCAAUGCCACACCUCUUGAAGAAAAAACAUUGGGAGAAGGAAAUUUUACUUCCAGUGAACAAGAGGUGAUGAGACAAAAAAAUGUUAAGUUCACACAGAGAAAUAAAGGUAAAACAGGACAUCAACAUGGAAACAUAACUGCUUCUACUGAAAAGGACCAUAAGCUACACCAGGGCAAUGCUACUAAUACUAAAGUUGAAUCACCUAGAAAGACAAAGAAAGACAGUCAUCUCAAUGGAACAAUGUCAUUGGAGAAGGACAAAACAUUACCACAGAACAAUGGGGCAAAAGUUGGAGUCAGAAAAAAGGUCGAUAACGUAAAUGAAAAAAAGUCCAAUGAGAAAGGCAAAAAGUUUCUACAAGGUGAUGAGAUGACAGUGACAAAAAUCCUAGCAGAAGAGGAAGAAAAUGUAAGUGCAACCACCACCACUGAAAAGGAUAAAAGUUUGCAAAAAGACGUAUCUAGCAAGAGCAAAGUAAACAGUGAUUCAAAAAACAUCACAAUUUCUAAAACUCAAGUCGAGAGGACAACAAAACCCACUGAUGUCGGACCAGUUGCGGUUCACAACAUAACUGCCACUGGGUUUGUUAUCACAUGGGAAGCUUCUCAAGGAGUAUUCAGGAAUUUCACAGUAACUAAAAAGGAGGUUUGGUCAGGAAGAAGCAGUGAGGAUGAUGCAGAGGAAGCUGAGAAAAGCCCAAACGAUGAUCUAAAAGCAGACAGGUUCAUUAGUUCAAACAAAACCUCAUCUAAUGUUUACACUGGAAAAUCAGAGAGAAAGAGUGCUGAGAAGUUCUCACAGAUUCUUGCUGGAAGUGCUCGCUCCUAUCAUUUCAAGAAUCUUCGACCACAGAGAAAGUAUUUGGUGUCCUUGUUCGGCUCCGGGCCUCACGUGCGCUCCAAAGUUCACAGUUUGUAUGUCUCUACAGGUAAAUAA